AUGGCGAUUUCCAAGCUCCACCUACUCUUUCUUCUCUCAGUCUUUCUCUCCCUUCAUCGUCCUGUUCUUUCCGACAACGAUGAAGAAGACGUUCUUCUUACAAGCAUCAACAACUACAGAGCAACCCUAAACCUGACGGCACUAACUCAAAACGACAACGCAGAAUGUCUCGCAGAUGAGAUCGCAGACCAAUUCAAGAACCAAGUCUGCACAAACACAACUGGCUCAGCUUCAAUCCCUGGAUCCGAGCCUGGAUUCCCAAACUACCCUAACCUCCUCGCCAAAUGCCGUCUCAACAUAACCGCAACCAGAGACGGUGUGAUAAUGCCAGCUUGUGUUCCUAACUUUGAUGCGAGCCUCGUCUUGACCAAUUUCACGAAGUCACAGUACUCCAAGAACCUUAAUGAUUCUAAGUUUACUGGAAUUGGUAUUGGUUCUGAUGAUAAUUGGAUUGUGGUCAUCCUCACUACAAGCACAGCGGAAGGUGGCUUUUCUCCGGCCACUAAGGACAAUAGCUCAGGAGGUUUCACAUUCGGAGUUAAUCGAGUCGUUUCUUCGUGUUUGUUGGUUCUUCUUUUUUCUUUCUUCAACUUUUGA